AUGGUCGUGAUUUUAGUAUUUCUGUUGAGCAUUACCUUUAUUCAAGCUCAAAAUGAAGUUUUCAUUUCGUUGGAUGCGCAAUGUAAAUUAUCGGUUUCACCUUCUUCUGAUAACGAGCCCGGGUAUGUUACUGUUAUACCUAUAUCAUUUCUUUAUUUUUUUGAAUUUUUUACGUUAGUAAGGUAAAAUAUAUUAUGGUUGGGUAAGUUAUGAUAGGGUAUGGCAAAAAAGGGCAGGAUGUGGUUGAGUAGGAUAAGGUAGAGUCGUGUAGGGUAGGGUUAGGUAGUAAAAGGUAUGGUAUCUUAACUAUAUGUUAAGGUAAUGUUAUGAACUCCCAUUUUUCAGGCAUUGCUCCAAAAUCACGUCGGUUAACAUCGAUGAAACGACAUUUCUGGUGUUGCGAGUAAAAGACGCAUCCACUUUGGAAUAUGCGACUGUUUUCAUGUCACAACAGAUGAUUUCACUGCUGGAGGCGAGCCCAAUUCAAUUACACUUUGAACAACACGAUUUUAAACAUGGUAAGAGCCAAAAUUUUAUGUAACACACUAAUUUUAUGUUAUGGUACGUCUAAAUUCAUCCUACUUUGCUUUUUUUGAAGUCUAAAACCAUGCCUUUUCAGCCCUCCGAACUGACUGCGUUUUUCAAUCCGAAACUUUCAAUGCGUUUGUAGACGAUCGAGUCCUGUACGUUUGGGCAUCAUGUGGGCUGAACCUCGGCCUAGUCAGAACCAUAAUUCACAAGACUCGAAUCCUUGUCACACCGCCAGUACCACCAAUAUACGUGAAUGCGGAAACGGACAGUAACUUUUCGACCGUUGGAUUCACUGACUUUGUUCGUCAUUUCGCUCCAGAACAAGUGGAUUCGAAUACGAUCAUCUAUGAAAGUAUGAAAGACUCUGAGAAGUCAGUGAUAACCAAGUAUUUACAUGAUGUCAAUGUGUCUUAUCCAACGCCAUACAAGUUCAAAUCGUUCUAUGUGGUUGGCUUUGAUCCGAUGGAUAAGUUGGUGUACUGCGCGGUCAAUGAAUUCGACAAUGGCAAUGUAUCGUUCUAUGUGGCUGACGUAGAAACUGGCGAUUUUAACUAUGAUGGUAAGGCUUUUAGUUUUUUGAAGUUUAUAACAGGGCUGGGCGGAAAAAAAAAAUUUUGUUUCGCGAAACACGAAACGAAAGUAAAUUAUUUUCGCGCGAAACGAAACACGAAACGAAACAAAAUUUACGAAUUUAUUAAAAAAUCUUCAUAAAAAUCAAAUUUUAUGCCGUAAAUGGGUAUUAACCUUAAGGAAUAACAAGUUCUGAAGCAUCUCACUUGUCAUGCUUCUUCGAUAGUCAGUCAAAACAGUCCUUGCUGUCGAAUUUUGAUGUGGUUUAUUACAAAAAGAAUGUAACCUUUCCUAUAAACCGAAAUACUUGUUUCAAAAGACUUACAUUAUCCAGAAUAUUACGCUCUUUCUUUGCUGGUGCCCCGUCCGCUACAAUUUCUUUCCAUACGUCCGGGUGUUUCUGUAUUAAAUGGUGCCGGAAAGAGCUAGUUGAGGAAUGAUUUGUUGUGUUUCGCACUUUUGCCUUACAUGUUAUACAGACUCCUUCGUUAAAAAAGGGAUUGUAUUUCGGCAUUUGUUUAUGCCAAAAUAUGUUUAAAAUUAAAAUAAAAACAAUUUCCAACAGUAUAAAACAGAAUGCCAAAAAUUUUUAACAUUUGUUGGUUUUCGGGUUGAGAAAUAUUUUUUUUUGUUUCGUUUCCGAAACAAAAUUUGUUUCGCGAAUCACGAAACGAAAGUGCCUCUUUCGCGCGAAACGAAACACGAAACGAAAUUUUCGCCCAGCCCUGGUUUAUAAUGUAGGUUUACAGGGAGAGAGGGAGAUUAUCACUGUUUGUCUAUAAGGACUAGGGUGUGGAUUUGAAAAAGAAGGUUAGUGUAAGAGUUAGGAAAAAGGAGGGUAGGAGUUUGAAAAAGAAUGGCUAGGGUAAUGGUUUGAAAAAAGUAAACUAGUUAGGGUAGCUCACAUCAUGCCAAAAUAAAAGAAAAAUGGAACUAAGGUGGCCGUGGCAUUUCGUUAACUCAAAAGUCUCAAAUAUUGAUUCAAAAAAUAAAUAUUUAAAAUGUUGAACGAAACGUGUGAAAUUAUCAAAUAAUAGUUAAAAUAAAUCAAAUUUUGAGCUGUAACAAAUAUUAAAAAAUUCGCUAUGUUUCGACGGUUCUUUGAAGGCCAAACUAGUCUUGAUCGUCAAAGAAUCGUCCAGAUAUGACUGACACUACAAGUUUACCACAAACGAAUUUCAUUUUCAAAAUUCCGACCGCUUAAUUUCAAACAAUUUUUUACAAAAAAUAGAAUUUCACACUUCGCAUCGUUUUUUACACGAAAUGUCACUCUGUCUUUAUUUCCUCUUUUGGCAUGAGCUAUAGCUGUUAAGUCAGAGGCUUCAAUGUAAAACGGUAAUGUAAGAGACUGUAGAGCAGGGACUAGAGAAGGAGCUUGGAUAGGGUAAAGAUCGAAUAGUGCUAGGUUAGAAAAGGGUAAUUAACGUUAUACUAGGGUAGGGUAAGGUAAGGUAAGGUAAGGUAAGGUAAGGUAAGGUAAGGUAAGGUAAGGUAAGGUAAGAUAAGGUAAGGUAAUGUAAGGUUAGGUAAGGUAGUGUAGGGUAGAUUGAGGUGAAGUAAGAUAAGGUACGGUAGAGUAGCACAGGAUAGAGGAGAGAACUGUAAGGGAUCAGACAGUAGAAAUUGAGUUUUUAUUUCAAAUGCUAAACUUUUCAGCUAAAACCAAACCAAGAUCAGCCGCAUUUACCUACUUUUACAGCCCACAUAUAGCACAAGAGCAUGUUACAGCUGAGUAUAAGUGGAUCAGUCAUUACCUUGUCAACGAUGACAUUAAUAAUGUAAGUCUUUUUUUUUCUCUGUUGCUCUACCUUUUAUGUUCUUACUUUAUCUUACCAUACCCUACUAUACCUUACCUUACUAUGCGCUAACCUACCCUACCUUAACCUUAUCUACCUUACUAUACUUUUUAUCUUACUCUACGUUAUUUUACCUUUCUGUGCCUUACUCACCUACUUUACUUUAUCUUAUCCUACUCUAUCUUACAUGAUUUCACCAUGACUUACUCCAUCUUACCCUACUAUUUUUACUGUAUAUUAAUAAUGCAAUUGUUUUAGCACUACACCCAGCCAAUGGAAACGAUAAUAGAAAACUGUGUUACAGUGGCAAAACGGUAAGAAUCAAAUUUUGACUAUCUACUGUAAUGUUCUUUUAGAAAAAAGGAUAUAAUUGGGGUAAUCGUCGUGUUCAUAAUGAUUGCACUAUCAUUGGUCAUUCUUACUGUAGCCGGCUUCGCUUUAGGCGUGUUGAUUAGGAAAAGGGACGCUUUGAAGGUAAGUUGUGACAUUUUGAAGGUUUUACAUUGUUUGAGAGGGAUGGGUUUGUAUGGAUUUUUCGGCAGGUGGGGUAGAUAAAAAAAGGGGGUGGGGUGUAGGGUUGAUUUUUUUAAAAUUUAUUUUUAGGCAUAA